AUGUCAAAGUCCAUAGAAAAGCAAUUAGAUACUCGAGAUCUGGAGGACUUUAAAAGAUCGCUUUCUCGUCUUAAGGGCCAGGGUAACUUGGACGAGGAAUAUGAUAUCUGUACAUCGAUUGGCGAUCUUUAUGUCAAAACGGGAAAGCUCCAUAAAUCCUUGGAAUAUUUUUUCUCUGCGCUUUCCAUUGCCAAGGCAAUGAAGAAUUCGGAUUUGAAAUGUGAUGCAUUUCAUAGCAUUGCAGGUAUACUUUCAGAUUCUUCUAUUUGUCUUUGGGACAAAGCCUUGAUGUAUGUAAACUUUCAAUUGUCAGAGUGCGAUCGUACGUCAAAGUCGACAGGAGGCAAAAGCUUAUCUAUUGACUCUGCGCAAGAACGAUUUUUGGAUGCAGCAAAUGUCAAGGCCAAUAGGCAAGCUGCUUAUUUUCAGCAGGGGCUCAUUUAUAUGCAACGGGAUGAUAACCUGGCCGGGAUAUUUUCAAAGAUUUACUUGCAAGAAGCAAAAAGAGCCUUUUCGUCUGCCCUUUCUGAAUUGGAAUGCUUUGAGGAGACAACAGAGGUUUUAAGAAUGAAGGCAAACACGUUUCUUAACCUGGCCCUGACCUAUGAGAGGCUUGAAGACACUUCAAAUAGCGAACUUUAUUUUUCCAACUCGUUUUCUGUUGCGAACGCCAUUCAAGAUGAUGAAGCGUUGGCAAGAUUCUACACAAACAGAGGCAUGAAGCUGCUCGAGGAGAGAAACUUUGUCGCUACCGAGAAGGUUUGUCAGAUUCGCCCACAUUUAGUCAUUUUCCGAAGCUUCUGA